AUGCGUCGCGACGCCCCCGCGGGACCCGCGUGGCGUCACCGAUGCCCGCCACGGCGCCCUGCCCUAACCCGCGCCCUGGACAACCGCCACUGCAGCAGCCGAGCCUGGAGCAGCCGCCACUACAGCAGCCGCCCCUGGAGCAACCUCCCUGAAGCAGCCGCCCCUGGAGCAGCCGCCGCUGCAGCAGCCGCCCCUGGAGCAGCCACACCUGCAGCAGCCGCCCCUGGAGCAGCCGCCCCUGCAGCAGCCGCCCCUGGAGCAGCCGCCCCUGGAGCAGCCACACCAGCAGCAGCCGCCCCUAGAGCAGCAGCCACUGCAGCAGCCACCCCUGGAGCAGCCGCCACUGCAGCAGCCGCCCUUGGAGCAGCCACCACUGCAGCAGCCGCCCCUAGAGCAACCGCCCCUGCAGCAGCCGCCCCUGGAGCAGCCGCCACUGCAGCAGCUCCCCCUGGAGCAGCCUCCCCAGCAGAAGCCGCCCUUGGAGCAGCCACCCCUGAAGCAGCCGCCCCAGGAGCAGCCGCCCUUGGAGCAGCCACCCCUGCAGUAGCUGGCCCUGGAGCAGCCGCCCCUAGAGCAGCCGCCCCUGCACCAGCCGCCCCUGGAGAUGCCACCCCUGCAGCAGCCGCCCCUGGAGCAGCAGCCACUGCAACAGCCGCCCCUGGAGCAUCCGCCACUGCAGCAGCCGCCCCUGGAGCAGCCGCCACUGCAGCAGCCGCUCCUGGAGCAACCGCCCCUGCAGCAGCCACCCCUGGAGCAGCCACCCCUGAAGCAGCCGCCCCAGGAGCAGCCGCCACUACAGCAGCCGCCCCUGGAGCAGCCAUCCCUGCCGUAGCCUCCCCUGGAGCAGCCGCCCCUGCAGCAGCCGCCCCUGCAGCAGCCGCCCCUGCAGGAGCCGCCCCUGGAGCAGCCGCCCCAGCAGUAGCCGCCCCUGGAGCAACCGCCCCUGCAGCAGCCGCCCCUGGAGCAGCCGCCACUGUAGCAGCCGCCCUUGGAGCAGCCACCCCUACAGCAGCCGCCCCUGUAGCAGCCGCCCCUGCAGCAGCCGCCCCUGGAGCAGCCGCCCCUGGAGCAGCCGCCCCUACAGCUGCCGCGGAGCCCACGCCCUACAGUGGUAGCGGCCUCGCCGUUGCCGCCGUCGUACGCCUGCCCUUCUCGCCAUUGGCAUUGAGGCUGCUGCUCUAG